AAAAAAUUAAUAAUAAAAAUAAAUAAUGGCUGCAGGCGAGAGUAAACCAGAAUGCAAAUACGGCAGUGCCUGCUAUCGUAAGAACCCCCAGCACUUUAAAGACUAUUCUCAUCCAGCAGAAGACCUUUCUUUAUCUGGCCAGCAUCAUAAUAACGUAGACAAAAGCGAGGAUGUGCCUGCUAGCUUACCUGCCACUAGAAAAAGAGUUAGGUCUUUAUCAGAUAGUGGAGGUUCUUCUCAGUCGAAGCGUAAUAUGGAGCCAUUGUCUGAAGAAGGGUCUACAGAUAAAGUGAGUGUAAUUUCAAGUGAGGAUGACGUGAAGGAAAAUAUCAAAAGAAAAUUUCUUGUUCAAAUGCCAGACGACUUUUAUCAGUUUUGGGAGUUUUGUAAAAUUAUGAAACCAAGUGAUCCUUUGAAUUCACUCUCUUCUAUUGAUAUGCAGUUAGUUGGUCCUUAUCAUGAGCUUGCAGGAUUGUUGCCAGCUUCAUCCCAGUGUGUCCUUCAUUAUCGUUAUUAUUAUGAUCCUCCUGAGUUAAUAACAGUUCUUGCAAGAGAUGAGACAUCUGAAAAAAAUGUGACAGGGUACCACAUUGGUUAUUACAGGGAUGAGCCUAAUGGCGUCUCUGACACCUUUAUGGUAUGUAAUACUAGCUCUGAAGGAUGCCAACUGAAACACUGUGGUCUUAAUAUUUUUGCUGCAGUCAAGAAAGAAGUGUCUAUAGCGCUAAAGAAACCGGACUUAUCAAAGGAUUGUAGAAAGGAGCUCAAGGCAUUGGAGACUUCACUUGUUGAUAAAGGAACUGAAUUAGGACUCAAUAUGAAGGAUAUAAAGCCAUCUGGUAGAAAAACAGUUUCUGUGUGCUUCAACGGUAUUGGAAUGAAUGUACCUGUUGACCCUCAACUUGACGUAGGAUAUAGACCACUUACCAUGACCAACAGGGAGCUUCGUCAAUUACUUGACAAGAUAGUUUCAUGUAAGAAUAACAGUGCAAAGGAAAAGUUGCAAGAUUCAUUGCAGGAACUUGUUACAUUUGUCCAAUUCGCUAAUGACGAAUGCGAUUAUGGAAUGGGACUGGAACUAGGGACCGAUCUCUUCUGUCAUGGUGAUCAACAAUUCCAUGAUCUCAUACUUCAAACCCUACCACUAGCAUAUGAUUUACUGGGUAGGAAGGAAUACGGGCUAAUUAUACAAGAACACCUUAAUGACAGAAAUAAAGACCCUCUAAUUUUAAACAUUGACAAAUAAAAAACUAUUAUUCUGAUAUU